AUGUCCAACAACAUCAAGGUCGUCUGUCGUUUCCGCCCUCAAAACUCAUUGGAAAUCAAAGAGGGCGGUCAACCCAUCAUCAACUACGACGACAAUGGCCAAACCGUAAAAGUCGAUAGCAAGGACUAUCCAGGAACAUUCACCUUUGACAGAGUUUUCGCCUCUGACUCCAAGCAAAAGGACGUUUUCGACUACUCUAUCAGCACAAUCGUCGAUGAUGUCAUCAAUGGAUACAACGGUACCGUCUUUGCCUAUGGUCAGACAGGAUCCGGAAAGACCUUCACAAUGAUGGGACCCUCCAUUGAUGAUGAAGCCACCAAGGGUAUCAUUCCCCGCAUUGUGGACCAGAUCUUUGCCAGCAUUCUCGCCUCGCCCUCGACCAUGGAGUACACCGUCAAAGUCUCGUACAUGGAAAUUUACAUGGAGAAGAUUCGUGAUUUGUUGAACCCCGUAAAUGAUAACCUGCCGAUUCACGAGGAAAAGAAUCGAGGUGUCUAUGUCAAGGGUCUUUUCGAGGUCUAUGUCAGCUCUAUCUCGGAAAUUCACGAGGUCAUGCGUCGCGGAGGAAACAGCAGGAUGGUCGCCUAUACCAACAUGAACGCCGAGAGUUCUCGUUCGCAUUCCAUUUUUGUCGUCACAAUCUCACAAAAGAACUUGGUGGACGGAAGUGUCAAGAGUGGUAAACUCUACUUGGUCGAUUUGGCUGGUUCGGAAAAGGUUGGCAAGACUGGUGCGUCUGGUCAGACUCUGGAGGAAGCCAAGAAGAUUAACAAGUCUCUGUCCGCCCUGGGAAUGGUCAUCAAUGCCCUUACCGAUGGAAAGUCCACUCACGUCCCAUACCGUGACAGUAAAUUGACGAGAAUCUUGCAAGAGUCGUUGGGAGGAAACUCGCGGACGACAUUGAUUAUCAACUGUUCUCCUUCGUCCUACAACGAUGCCGAGACUGUUGGUACUCUUCGGUUCGGUACAAGAGCCAAGAGCAUCAAGAACAAGGCCAAGGUCAACCAGGAACUCAGUGCGGCCGAACUCAAGCUGCUCCUCAAGAAGGUCCGAUCCGAGGCGAUUACCUAUACCCAGUACAUUGCUGCUUUGGAGGGAGAAGUUGGCAUCUGGCGUCAAGGUGGAACUGUUCCUAAAUUGGAGUGGGUCAGCAUGGAGAUGAUUCAAGCUGGCGGUGGAUCGGCGCCGCUCUCGAGUGUACCUGGGCACAUGGCUCAGCAGGACACAUCCCGGCCAUCGACUCCCGCCAUUGUUCUGGAGCUGGAUGAGAGAGAAGAGUUCUUGAAGCGCGAGAAUGAACUGACCGAUCAGAUUGCAGAGAAAGAGGCCGAACUGUUGUCUCAGUCGCAGCUGUUGGAGUCGAUGAAGGAGGAGCUCACCUACCUCAAGGAUCAGGAUUCUUCCAAUGCCGCCUUUGAGUUGAGCGACUUGAAGCUGCAGUUGGAGAAGGUCUCGUACGAGAACAAGGAGGGCGCCAUUACCGUCGACAGUCUGCGUGAGGUCAACCAGGAGCUGUCAAAGGAGUUGGAGGAGCUCAAGAAGGCGUUGAUGGAGAUGCGCCUUGCUCAGAAGGACUCGAGCGAGGGCGACAAGGAGAAGAAGAAGAUCGAGAAGAUGGCGCAGAUGAUGGCAGACCUUGACCCCUCUGGUGAGAUCUCGGCCAAGGAGGCACAGUUGCGCGAGACCCUCUCCAAGUUUGAGUCGCCCGCUGGACUCUCUGUCGAAGAGACGAUCGCCAUCCGCAAGGAGAUUGCUCAGUCAAGGACCAUCAUUGAGCUGCACGAGCAGACCAUUUCUGAGCUCAACAACGAGAACGCCUCGCUGACGCAGAAGAGGGAUACCCUUGAGAUGCGCUUGCAGGCGGCCGAGCUCGAGUACGAGGAGUUGCUGGACAAGACCAUUGCGGAUGAGGAGGCCAACUCGUCGAUUGAUGUGUUAGAGACCAUCUCUGAGCUGAGGACCAAGGUCGAGGCCCAGUACGCAGCCAAGAGGGAUCAGGCACAACAGGAGAUUGAAGAUCUCAAGCAGGAGGUCACCCGUCGUAACGAGGACAUCCAGAAGCUGAGCAUCAACGUGACUGAGCUCAGACGCGGCAACGAGGAGCUCAAGGAGCAGAUCGAGCGCCAAAGCAGCCACUCGAGCAGUGGUCUUUGGGAGGGCAAGGAUAUGACGGAGCGCGAGCGUGACAUGGAGCGCAUCCGCAAGAAGAUGGCUCAGCAGUUGGCCGACUUUGACGUGAUGAAGAAAGCCUUGAUGCGCGAUCUUCAGAACCGGUGCGAGAAGGUUGUCGAGUUGGAGAUGGAGUUGGAUGAGACUCGCGAGCAGUAUAACAACGUGCUCCGCAACAACAACAACAAGGCCCAGCAGAAGAAGAUGACUUUCCUCGAGCGCAACUUGGAGCAACUGACCUUGGUCCAGAAGCAGCUUGUUGAGCAGAACUCUGCCCUCAAGAAGGAGGUAGCGGUCUCUGAGCGCAAGCUUGUUGCCCGUAACGAGCGUAUCCAGAGUUUGGAGAGCCUCUUGCAGGUUGCUCAGGAGAACCUUACCAGCCAGAACCACAAGUUCGAGACCCAGUUGCAGGCUGUCCGUGAUCGUCUUGAGCAGGCUCGCUCCCAAAAAUCGGCCAACAAUGCGCUCAACUUUGGACGGAUCGCCAAGCCUUUCCGUGGCGGAGGACCCACCGUUGACAACAACAAUGCCACCCCUGGUGAGGAGAACUACUCACCUAGCUCGCCUACCAAGGGACAGAUGCCCGAUCGCAGGACAAGCUGGUGGAGCAGGAACGGCGGCGUGUAA